AAAAAGAGACUUUAUCAUAGACCACAACGUGGAGAUGGCCACUGUCACCUGAAUUCUAGACUAGUAAUUUUCUCGGGUGUUCUGGUGUUGUGAGAAUGGCGUCACUUGGUGUGUGAGCGCUAUCCGCUUGCGACUCUGAGCUACACAGUUUGUUGUCACCGUCUUCGAUGGCGCUCUCCUGGAGCCGUUCGAGUGCCGUGGGGUGUGGGUUGGUGCCAGUGGUGAGAGCUGGGAAUGUGAGGAGUGAGAAGAGGUGUGUUCGCGGUGUGCAAGUGAGGGCAGCGGUUGCGUCCGCAUCCAAAAUUGCUGAUACUAUGCGGUAUAACAAGCUUGGCGACUCCGACCUUUUGAUCAGUGAAAUUACGUUGGGCACGAUGACAUGGGGCAACCAGAACACGGAGAAGGAGGCUCACGAGCAGCUUUGCUAUGCCUUUGACAAUGGGAUCAACAUUUUCGAUUCGGCUGAAGUUUAUCCGAUUCCUAUGACUCCAGAAACAACUGGGCGAACCGAUAAAUUUAUAAGCACCUGGUUGAAGACCAUGCCCCGGGAUAAGGUCAUUGUGGCAACCAAGGUAGCGGGAUACAGUGAAAAUAGAACUUAUAUCCGCGACAACGGCAAGACGGUGAGGGUGGACGAAGAAAACAUUACUGAAAGUGUAGACAAGAGUUUGAAGCGGCUAGGCACCGAUCAUAUUGACCUUCUUCAGAUCCAUUGGCCCGACCGUUAUGUGCCAUUGUUCGGAGAAAAAUACUUUGAUCCCCAAAAUAUGAGAGAAGCCGUUCCUAUCGUGGAGCAACUUGAAGCCCUGAAGAAGGUUAUUGAUCAAGGCAAGGUCAGGUAUGUGGGAGUAUCGAACGAGUCGUCAUGGGGAGUGAUGGAGUUCACCCGGGUAGCUGAGCAACUGAACCUCCCAAAAAUCGUCAGCAUCCAGAAUAGCUACAGUUUACUUGUUCGAACAAUGUUUGAAGUUGAUUUGGUGGAGGUAUGCCAUCCUGACAACUGCAAUGUUGGGCUACUUGCUUACUCUCCGCUUGGUGGAGGAGCCUUGACCGGGAAGUAUACAAACCCUGAAAAUACAACCGGACGAUUCAACAUAUUUCCUGGAUACAUGGCCCGCUACAACAAGGGGCUUGCCAGGGAGGCCGUUGGUUUGUACGUCGAGUUGGCCAAGAAACAUAAUUUGUCCCCAGUUGAGCUUGCUCUAGGUUUUUGUCGUGACCGACCUUUUGUUACUAGCUCUAUUAUUGGUGCGACUAGUUUAGAACAGUUGAAGGAAAAUAUGGAUGCUUUUGCAGUAACUAGACCUUUACCUGACGAGGUUAAGGCAGGUAUAGAUGAGAUAUUCAAAAGGUAUAGGGACCCAGCUUUUAUUUGAAACUUGUAAUUGCUCCAUUGUUUAGUAAAUUGUUGCAAGAAAUUCUUUUCACCUAGACCAA